AUGUUGACUUUCAAGAAACGCUGGUACAAUAUCGCUCUUUUUCCUUCUUUCAUUUCAGACUUCUCUUUUUUUCUUGCCCUUUUUCAUUCUUUGUCACUCUCUUUAAUCCCUUCCUUAGUUUUUUUUCUUUCUUUCUUAGCGUAUUCAUCUAUUUCUUUUUUUUAUUUAUCUGUUUCUUUUAGUCUCUUUGUUUCUUUCUGCUUUUGUUCCUUUCCAUUUCCUAUUCCUUCUUUUUUCUUUGUAUAUUUCUUUCUUUCAUUCUAUCAUUCCUCCAUUCGUUCUUUUUCCCCAGCUUCUUUUUUUAGUUACUUUGCUCUUUUUAUUUCUGACUUUGUUCUUUCUUCCUUUUUCUUUCUUUCCUUUCUUUCUUUCAUUUUUAAUCUCUUUCCUUCUUUCUUUCUCUUUAGUCACUUUAUUUCUUUUUCUAUUCAUUUUCUUCCUUUUUUCUUUCUUAAUUUUUUGUUUCUUUUUUAUGUUUCUUUCUUUUUAAUAUCUGUUUUUCAUUUCCUUAUUUCUUCUUCUUUAUUUAAUUCUUUCUUUCUUUCUUUUAAUCAUUCCUUCCUUCAUUCUUUCUUUUUGUUGUCUCUUUCUCCUGUGUUUUUUUUUUUCUGA